UUUUUUGUUUUCUCAGUCCAAACAAAAAGAAAAAACGUUAAGAGUUUCUAAGUUUUUCAAUGGAGAAAUCAAUGGAGAAAAGCGUGAGCUCUGCUGCUUCUGGUAAUUCAAUAAACUCGAAGCUGAGGUAUCCUCUCAGAUCGGCUCUUAGAUCCAAGGAAGGGAAGCCUCCUGUUCCUGAUUUCUCUGCUUCUUCUGUGCCCAGAAGGGGACGAGUUGCUUCUGCUGUUAGUCAGAGUACAACAGUUCUUGAUUUGUCUGGGAAGAAGAGUGUUGAUCGAACCAAGCUACCACCAAGAAGACUUUCGAUUCCAAACAAGCCCACGAGCAAUUCUUCUGUUAAAUCAGUACGCAGCAGCGUCACUUCUCUUUCAGAAGUCAAGCCAAAGAGAUCAGCCAUUGUUGCUAGGAGCUUCAAUGAAACGACAACACCUGUCUCUAGUAAUCUCAGAUCAUCAGUGACUCGAAAGAAAGUUGAAGACUUGUCUUCCUCUUCUUAUUGGCUGACUCAUAUCAAGCUAGCUGAAUCAGUAGCGAAACAUUCGAUCUCUCUUGGUUUCUUUAAACUUGCUCUUCAUGCUGGGUGUGAGCCACUUGACAAGAUGAAAGAAGAGCUGAAAUCAUACGCUAGUCGCAAUAACAUGGAUGGGCUUGCUGAUGCUAUGAAGGAACUUUCAGAACUGUACAAUAUCUCAGAAGAAUCCAAGGAGAUUCAGAUUUCAGAGACCAGUUCUGUUGUAGCUGAAGAAAGAACCGUGUCUCUGAACAAUGAUAAUGAUGUCCAGAGUUCAAUCUCCACUUCUGGAAAUUCGAACAUAACAUCAGAAAUCACGAAAGAAGAUGCUUUGCAAGAUUCAACUGUCACAGAAACAACUAAGGAAGAAGAGGUCUUGGAAACAGUAACACAAGGAAGAACUAGAAAGUCUUUGGAGGUAAUCAACGUGAAUCAAGAGAAUGUUUCAGAGGUUGUUCAGGAAUCCGAGGAAGGGCUUCGUUCAUCAGCAGAUGGUGUUCCAAUCGUGAAUGUUGUUCAACCUUCAGACAAGAAGCGUGCAAGAAAGGAGACUGUCCCUAAGAACAACCAGCCCGUGAGGACAAAGAAAUCACUAGCAACCAGCUCUGCUAAUUCAAAGACAGUUCCAAUAAACAAGGAUGAUAAGUCUCAGAAGAAGUCUGAGAGGAUCACUAAACCCAGGACUAAGAGAGUUCAAGAAGAGACAAAGAAGUCAAUUAAGAAAUCUACUGCUAAAGAAGGUGAAGUUAAAUCUCUGAAGCAAACAGAGAAAAUGGAGAACAAAGAAAACACGGUUGUUGUUGAUGCAGGAGAAGACAUCCAGGUUUAAAUGAAGAACAGAGAAGCAUUUCUUCAACAUAUCUCAAUCAAUCUUUUUCUUUUGG